GACACCAGAAUAGAAGGGGGAAAAUCUGGGGCUAUGACAGAAGCUAGAGUAAAAUAGCACACGUGCAACAAACCGUCCACAAAUCCCACAUAUCACAACUCUCUGUUAGUGCAGGGUGACAGUCUCCACCGGUAGAGAGAAGGCACAGAGCGACACAGGUCAUCGAAUAGUUACUCUUGGAGCAGGGAUAUAUAAAACCCCACAACAAUGUACCCCAUUUCUCUCCUUUGUGUUGGGGCAUAUCUGGGAAUGCUUGCAUUUGGUUUGGAUAUCGUGAACGUGGUGGAAGUAAGGACUCCCUUUGGCUGGGUCAGAGGGUACGAGGAAAAUCAUGACGGUAGACAGAUGUAUAGAUUUAUAAAAAUUCCGUAUGCGCAACCUCCAUUAGGGGAUUUACGUUUUCACAAAACAAAACCCAUCAAGGAGUGGGAUGGAGUAAAAGGAAUAGGAGCUAUAAACGCUCCGCAGUGUCCUCAAAUCCAAAAUCCAAUGCCAGGAUUUGAUAAUUUAGAAAACGAUGAAAACUGUCUGUAUCUGAAUAUAUAUAUCCCUGGGGGAAUUUCAAAAGAUAGAAAUCUGUCUGUAAUGGUUUGGAUUCAUGGCGGAGGAUUUAUCGUCGGUGGAGCAAGUCAAUACAAACCUCAAAAGUUAGUACUCGGCGGCGAUGUGAUCGUUGUAACGAUCAACUACAGACUUGGUUUAUUUGGGUUUCUGACACUGCAUGAUCAACUGGCUCCUGGAAAUUACGGACUUUGGGAUCAGAUCGAAGCCUUAAAAUGGAUUCAAAAGAACAUUGCAGCUUUUGGGGGUAACCCUAAAUCUGUUACUAUAUUUGGCGAGUCGGCCGGUGGCAUGAGCGUGAGUCUUCAGACCCUGAUACCCUCAAAUAAAGGUCUGUUUCAGAGAGCUAUUUCUCAAAGUGGCGUUGUUUCUAGUUUUAGCAUUGCAAGGAAACGAGAAGAGGAGAAAAUCAACAAACUAUUGUUAGAGAGAACGGGGUGCACGGGAAUAGAAGGAAUCGCCGACAUUCUGAAAUGCCUACGUGAUGUGCCAGUAGAAAAUGUCACAAAGGCGGUAUCUUUAAUGGAAUUUUUCACCCCUCUAAAUGUUACCAUAGAAAUAGGAAGCAUGGUUCCAACUGUUGAUGGUGAGUUAAUCAAAGAAAAUUUAGUCUAUCAUAAUUCUUGGGAUGAUGAUGUGUAUCGAUUCCUCCGCAGUAUUGAUUUCAUGUCGGGCACCCUGGACGGGGAAGGCAAUGUGGCAUAUAUGCUUAUGACACCUCAACUUCAAGAAAAAUUUCAGUUCAACAUUUCAGAAUCUUUGCCAUUACGCGUUUUAUGUGAAGUAGUGGCUGCCUCGUUCGUGAACAAAGUUGUAGGAAAUGUUCCAGAAUUGACACACGAAAUCUGUGAUUUUUACACUACCUCAGAAGGGGUUGAUCAACAAAGUAACAAAGUUUGUGAAUUCUAUGGAGAUUCCUGGUUCGUAGUGCCUAGCAACACUAUGCUAUCAAUUCACGCAAAGAACAACGAUAAAUCUAACACAUUUCAGUACCUAAUUACCAAACCAACUCCAUUUCCUUUUGUUCCAACCGAUCCACCAGCCUGGUAUAAAGGUGCUGGACAUGGAGAAGAAUUGCACUUGAUGUUUGAGGUAACGUCAGAUCACGUGUCCAAAGAGAAUUUGAAGAGGCACGACUUGGUAUCGGUAGAUAAGUUGUCAAGAGAUGUCGUAACAUAUUGGACAAAUUUUGCCAAGUAUGGGAAUCCUAAUUCCGACAGUGUUCCAGAUUGGCCGUCGUACGAAACCACCAGAAAAAGAUACAUUAUAUUAGAUACUCCGGUAACACACGGUGAAAAUCUAAAACCUGGGGCUACAGAUCUCUUAAACAAAGUUCUUAGUCAGGGUCGGCCGAAAUCAAAGCAUGAUGAACUAUAAUGUCAGUAGGUUAGAAAUGUGUCUAUGGCUACAGUACAUUGAAUGUGUGUCUGAGAGAGAGAGAGAGAGAGAGAGAGAGAGAGAGAGAGUUGGACAAGAACAACUCUUUGGUGCUGUCGUUGGUAUACAAAUCUCUUGGUGUUAAAUGUUGGUGGGAGCGAUAAUCUUACGUCAACCAUGAGCAAGGAUGCGAGGGUUAGCUCACACCAUAUAGAAGGAUACUUAUACUGGACAAAUCACAAUGUUAUUGUCUCAUUUGUAUAGACGUGUUCAUUCGUAGCCCUUACCCUCAUGUGAAGCUGCUUUGUUGAAGAGUAGAAACGACAAGUUAAAUUGUUUUUGUAAAAAAUUCUGAAAUGACAAGAUAGAAUACUAUUCUAAUUAAAGAAAAUACAACAACAA